UCCCACUCCCACCAGCACCACCAUCACCUCCCCCAGAUCUCCUCCUCUCCCCCUCGCUUCUCGCCCCCUCCUUUCUCCACCACCUCCUCUGUUUUAACCAUGGCGAUGGCUGCAACUGCCUCUUCCUCAUCCCCGACGUCCUCAACAUCAGCCAACGGCAGCGCCCGAGAGCACCUGUUGGCGGUGCGCCGGCGCACCCCGCACUCCCGGCCUUACACGAUUGGGCCCGACAACCUCCGCAGCCUGUCGGUGCAGGGCCCAGAUGGAGCCUCCACCUCUGCGUCCUCCUCCUCCACUAUGUCGCCUGGGAACCAACCAGAAAUGGCGGGGGUGGGCCUCCAGCGGGCCAAUAGCGACACAGACCUGGUGACGUCAGACAGCCGCUCAUCACUCACGGCUUCUACGCACGAGCUGACUCUGGGCCACAGCCACCUGGUCAUCUCCUGGGACAUCAAGGAGGAAGUGGAUGCCACAGACUGGAUCGGCCUGUACCACAUCGAUGAGACCAGUGUGGCAAACGUGUGGGACUCCAAAAAUCGCGGUGUGAACGGUACCCAGAGAGGACAGAUCGUGUGGAGACUGGAGCCGGGACCCUACUUCAUGGAGCCAGAGACUAAGAUCUGCUUUAAAUACUAUCAUGGUGUAAGUGGAGCAUUAAGAGCAACGACACCUUGUAUCACCGUCAAGAACCCUGGAGUACUGGUACGCAGUGAAGGCCAAGUGGAAGACCAAUCAGGGACUGAGCAUUGUCGGAAACUAGUCAGCUUCACCCUAUCAGACAUCCGGGCGGUGGGCCUGAAGAAGGGCAUGUUCUUCAACCCUGACCCCUAUCUGAAGAUGUCCAUCCACCCCGGGAAGAGGAGCGGCCUCCCCAACUUCACCCACCAUGGCCAGGAGAGACGCUCCUCCAUCAUAGCCAACACCAUUAACCCUGUGUGGCACGGGGAGAAAUACACCUUUGUGGCUCUGAUGACUGACGUGUUGGAGAUCGAGGUGAAGGAUAAGUUUGCCAAAAGCCGUCCUAUCAUCAAGCGGUUUCUGGGUCAGCUGAUCAUCCCUGUGCAGAGACUUCUAGAGGGGCCGACAGCUGACGAUCAGCCAGUCAGCUACAGCCUGUGCCGUCGUCUGCCUACGGACCAUGUGAGCGGGCAGCUUCUGUUCAGAGUGGAUAUCACCACCACCGGACAAGAAGAAACUUCCCCAGGUGCAGAAAGAGGCAUCUUGGGUGGCGCAGUGAACGGUGACCCUGGCAGUCCCUCGGACGACGAAGACCUCCCUCACCCAUCCCUGUCCUCACGCGUCACAUGCGGACCUUCUCCCACGGGCUCCGACGAGGGCUCCCUGUUAGUCAACGGUGCUUGUUACUAUGGCGAUGACAGCGUGUGGCGGGAGCCUGGGCAGAUGGGAGAGGAGGAUCUGCUUCCUGUGGCUCUGGGCGGCCACACCCACCGGCAGGUGUCACUCAACGACUACCUGGAUGCCAUCGAGGCUCCCAGGAGCCCUGAGGACCGACCUCAGGAGGGACCAUCGCCGAAACUCCGCUCUAGCUUUCCAACGGACACGCGGCUCAACGCCAUGCUGCACAUAGACUCGGAUGAGGAUGAGGAGACAGCAGGGCAGCACAGGGAGCAAUCACAGGAGGAGAGCACAGAAUUAGCCUUACCAAGGAGAUUAGCUACAUCUGAGUCUCCACAGGGAAAAAAGGAUUCAACAGGGGACCCACACGGGCAAACUGGAGAAAGGACUUGGCCUGGAAGCGGGGCCACAACAGAGGCAGGUUCCUCUGCCAGCGCUCAGCCUGGAACUGAGCCUGCAGGGGCUGAACCUGGAUCUGCAGAAGGUGCAGCUGGAGUCCGAACACAAGCAGGAACAUCAGCGGCUGUUGAGACUGCAGCUGGGACUGGAGAGAUUGCUGGAGCAUCAACUGAGGCUGUACAUGCCACUGGAGAAACCUCCACGCCUUCCUGCUCAUCUCAGGCAUCAGCGGCAGAGGCAGGUGCAGCAACUGGGCUGGGGGAGUCUGUGGGGGAGUGUACCUGUCAGGAGCAGAGCAGCCGGACGGGUGCAAACCAGGAAGUGCCCUGCAAUCCCUCACUUGGUCCACUUUCACCCAUUCAGGAGGUGGAGAUGAGAAAGGAAGUGGCUCCGAAGGCAGAGGAGGAAGGGGCGGAGUCAUCGAGCAGUGAGGCAAACGGGCCAGUAGCAGCAGCAGCUGCUCCUACCAGCAGCAACAUAGCUGACCAAGGAGGAGGGACUUCUGAAAAUGGAGCGAGAGCCAGCGGCGGGAACAGGCAGGAGGAGCAGGUGGUAGGGAAGGUGUGGAGGAGGCGGCCCAUGCAGGCCUCCGGAGGCGUGUCCCAAAACCAGGAGGUGUGUGGGGCCAGAGAGAAUCAGAACGGGACACCGGGUGCGGAGAGAGACACAAGUGCCACAGCUCAGGCCAAUGGCCACCAGUCUGUUCGCUCGCUGCCAUCUGUCCGCCAUGACAUCAGUCGUUACCAGAGAGUGGACGAGCCGCUACCACCUAACUGGGAGGCUCGUAUUGACAGCCACGGUCGGAUCUUUUACGUGGACCACGUGAACAGAACCACAACUUGGCAGCGUCCCACCGCUCCCCCUGCUCCGCAGACCCUCCAGAGGUCCAGCUCCAUACAGCAGAUGGAGCAGCUGAAUCGCAGGUAUCAAAGUAUACGUAGGACUAUAACCAAUGACAGCCGAGCAGAGGAACAGCCAGCCAAUGAGCUGCCGCCAGACGAGACUGACACGCACCCCUCCAUCCCAGAGCUGCGUAGGGACAACAGUGUGGCUCAGUCCAGUUCCAGGUCUCGCCUUACCCUGCUGCUUCAGUCCCCCAGCGCAAAGUUCCUCACCAGCCCUGACUUCUUCACUGUGCUGCAUUCCAACCCUAGUGCCUACCGUAUGUUCACCACCAACACGUGUCUGAAGCAUAUGAUCAGUAAGGUUCGUCGGGAUGCUCACCACUUUGAGCGCUACCAGCACAACAGGGACCUGGUGGCUUUCCUCAACAUGUUCACCAACAAACAGCUGGAGCUGCCCAGAGGCUGGGAGAUGAAGCACGACCACACCGGCAAGCCUUUCUUUGUGGACCAUAACUGCCGUGCCACCACUUUCAUUGACCCCCGGCUGCCUCUCCAGAGUGCUCGCCCCCCCCCAAGCCUCCUGGCCCACCGCCAACACCUGACCCGCCAACGCAGCCACAGUGCUGGGGAGGUCAGCCCACGACGACUGGCGGGUGAAGACCCUCGUCAUGCCGGCCCACCCGUACUGCCGCGGCCUUCCAACACCUUCGCUUCUGCCAACAGGGGUCAGUGCCAAGAUGUGCCAGUGGCUUACAACGACAAGAUUGUGGCAUUUCUUCGCCAACCAAACAUCUUUGAGAUUUUGCAGGAAAGACAGCCCGACUUCAACCGGAACCAUUCACUCAGGGAGAAGGUGCAGCUGAUCCGCACAGAUGGAGGGUCGGGAUUGGCCAGGCUGUCGGGUGACGCUGACCUUGUCAUUCUGCUUAGUCUGUUUGAAGAUGAAGUCAUGUCCUACGUGCCUCCUCACGCCUUACUUCACCCCAGCUACUGUCAGUCACCUCGAGGAUCCCCGGUCUCCUCUCCGCAGAACUCGCCUGGUACUCAGAGAGCUAAUGCCAGAGCCCCAGCACCCUACAAGAGAGACUUUGAAGCCAAACUGCGUAACUUUUACAGGAAACUGGAAACUAAAGGCUACGGCCAAGGACCAGGGAAGCUGAAAUUGAUCAUACGUCGUGACCACCUGCUGGAAGAUGCCUUCAACCAGAUCAUGUGCUAUUCCCGUAAAGACCUGCAACGCAGCAAGCUCUACGUCAGCUUUGUCGGGGAGGAGGGGUUGGACUACAGUGGACCUUCCAGAGAGUUCUUCUUCUUGGUUUCCAGGGAGUUGUUCAACCCUUAUUACGGCCUGUUUGAAUACUCUGCCAACGACACCUACACCGUCCAGAUCAGCCCCAUGUCCGCCUUCGUAGACAAUCACCACGAAUGGUUUCGGUUCAGUGGUCGUAUUCUGGGUUUGGCUCUGAUCCAUCAGUACCUGCUGGAUGCCUUCUUUACCAGACCCUUCUAUAAAGGCCUGCUGCGCAUUCCCUGUGACCUGAGUGACCUGGAGUACCUGGACGAGGAGUUUCACCAGUCUCUUCAGUGGAUGAAGGACAACGACAUAGAAGACAUGCUGGACCUCACCUUCACCGUCAAUGAAGAAGUCUUCGGACAGAUAACGGAAAGAGAGCUGAAGCCCGGCGGAGCCAACAUCCCUGUCUCUGAGAAGAACAAGAAGGAAUACAUUGAGCGGAUGGUGAAGUGGAGGAUAGAGAGAGGAGUAGUGCAGCAGACUGAAAGCCUGGUCAGAGGAUUCUACGAGGUGGUGGAUGCGAGGCUGGUGUCUGUGUUUGAUGCCAGGGAGCUGGAGCUGGUGAUCGCCGGCACAGCUGAGAUUGACUUAUCAGACUGGAGGAACAACACAGAGUAUAGAGGAGGUUACCAUGACAACCACAUUGUGAUCCGGUGGUUCUGGGCAGCUGUGGAAAGGUUCAACAAUGAACAGAGACUGCGGCUCCUGCAGUUUGUGACCGGGACAUCCAGUAUUCCCUAUGAGGGCUUUGCUUCUCUGCGAGGCAGCAACGGACCCCGACGGUUCUGUGUGGAGAAGUGGGGGAAGGUCACCUCGCUACCCAGAGCUCAUACCUGUUUCAACCGGCUGGAUCUGCCGCCGUACCCGUCCUUCUCAAUGCUGUAUGAGAAGAUGCUGACCGCAGUGGAGGAGACCAGCACCUUUGGGCUGGAAUGAGAAUCUCUUCUGUCCACCUACCUAAUUCACAGCUACCCUCAAGCUUGAAAGCCGCCUUUAGUUACCCCUCAAGGACUGCUGGUGGUAGUAAAGAGAGGAAGCCAUGUCAGAAGCUGAACAUGGGUUCAAAAAGCUGUAUCCAAUUUAUGGUUUGUGUUUAAUUUAUAAUUUUAUAACAGGGGCUGAAAAGACCAUUUGAAAUGUCCCGUGUACAGAAGUAAACGCUUAUUUCGCACCUGCUUAGUAACGCACGCUAUCACCUGCGUGAUGCGACGAAUAAAGACUCUCACUGCCUUUGGGACCAGAAUCGUAACUGCCAGGAUUUGACCAAUCAGAUGGGUUUUUCUUUUUCACUUUCUCUUUGAUACCAGGAGGUAAAAUUUUAAGAUGUACACUACACAUCAAAGGAGAAGCGACUACUGCCUUCACUGCAAAAGCUGAGUGGCCUCUUUUACUCUGGCUUGGAUGGACCUCGAAGGAUUUUAAGGCUUGCCCAGAACUGUGAGCUUUAGUGACGCCGUCAUUGUAGUACAGUGUCUCCUUGUGGCCUGUUGCUGUAACUGCACUCAUGUACAUUUUGUUUCUCAAAGCCUUUUUCGAGGGCCGCCUGAGGUAACUUUUGAUAAAGUUUGUGGGAUUUUCCAGUGAACUUCUACAGCUGAUUUUGCUGAUCCUUGGCCAGACAGAAGCUUUGAUAUUGUUAUUACAGUGAUUUUCUAAUGAUGUGGCAGUUAUAUGUGGAUGAUUUGAAUGUAAGUAACUUUAUGAUUUAGAUUAUGUGGGGGAGGUUGUACCUGAUCUGGAUCAAUUGGCAAAAAAUAUUUGCUCAGUAAAAGAAGUUAAAAAUAGCUAUGAUCCAGGUUUGUUUUCUAAAGUUUGUAGUCUACACUCAAAAUGUGUAGAUUGAAAGACAAUUCUAUAUCGAAAUAGUCCAAGGAAAUUAAAUGUUCACACAACAGUGGCAGAUCUAGAGCAUUUUAGAUGGG